UUGUGUUUGAAAUUAAACCAACGAAUCAAAUAUUCUUCCCUCUUUCUGGGUUUCUCCCUUCUUCCUUUCUCCUCUUCAAAAACCUUCUUCCCUCUUCCUGGGUUUCUCCCUUCUUCCUUUCUCCUCUUCAAAAACCUUCUUCCCCUUUCUCUCUCCUUGCCUCCACGACGAACUUCGAGGGUUUAAUUUUAUGGAUCCUUCCGUCUCCAACGAUUCUCAGCACUGCAAUUUCUUCAAAUCUCUCUUUUCUAGAUUCACGCCUUGGUUUCGUUACCUCCAGUUUAGGUUUCCGGUUUAGAUUCUUUUACCGAUUUUAUUUUUCGGUUGAUUAUUUGACGCUCAUUCAGGUUGUAUUGUUGUAGAAAGCUGAGACAAUACCAGAGGCGCGUAUUUAUUUGAAAGAUUUUAACUCAGUUUGUGGAAGAUAAAGCAGCUUCUGAAUCGACCCUUGCUACUUGGUUUGAAGUUAUAUGAUUGCGAGCAAGGGCGAUUCAAAGAUGUCCCAGAGACGAGCAAAGACCUCCGGUUGGGCUGUUUUUGACCAUCAGCAAAAGCAGAAAGAUGGCCGUGAAGCUCGUCCUAGUAAUGAGGCAUUUCCUUCACUGCCUACUACACUUCAAUCUGAAAAAACAUUUACGAGAAACAAGCAUCGCCAAGCAAAAUCAUUCUCAUCGGUUAUACUGCCUUCAUUAGACUUUCGGGCUCCUUUACAAGAUAAUGUAAAAAGAAAGCCAUCUGAAAUUGGUAGUUCUGCAGGCCCUCAUAUUUUUCUGAGCAACAAAAAAGGUUUGGUUUCUAGACAGCUUAAAGAGCUAUUCGGCUGGGCUGAUGAUAGUUUGAUUGAGGAUAUAAUGGCUGCUGCUGGUGAUGACUUUGACAAGGCGUCAUCCUUUUUGAAAGCAAUGGUUUCUGAUCAGAGCUCACAGGACCACGAGAAUGUUGGGGUUGCAAAUUUUAAAUCCGAUAUCGUGGAACCAGUGAGCAAUGGAAACUUAAUACAUGAAAAGAAAGAUGCAUCCUUAAAAGAUAUUUCCAAAUUUGCCAAGACAUGGUCUGUUCUGAAGCCAUGUGUUAGCAAUAACAUUGAUAAUGUGACGAAUGAAUUUACUCUUUCUGCUGAAAAGCUGUUUGAUGAUAGUAUGGAAAUUAACGCAAUGCUGGGCCGUUGGACAUCUGUACCUGUUGAGCCUGAAUGGGAAGAGGAUGAUGUGUACUUAAGUUGCCGUAAAGAUGCAAUAAAGAUGAUCAGAUCUGCCACCCGUCAUUCCAAGGCAGCAACUAACUCUUUCUUAAGCGGUGAUCACACCUCCGCCCAACAGUUUUCUCUGAAAGCAGGGGAGGAAUGGAGAGCUGCACAAAGCCUAAAUGCAAAAGCUGCCUGUGAGAUUUUGAGUAUACGUAACGAGAAUAAUGGAAUGUGGAGGUUGGAUUUGCAUGGUCUUCAUGCGUCAGAAGCAGUCCAAGCAGUAAAGGAACGCCUAUAUAUGAUUGAGACCCAAGUGCUGUCCGAGGGUUUAAGGUCCUCCGAACUUCCGAACAAUCUCAGGACCAAGGCAGAAGCCUCCCGUGCUUCAUAUCUUGAUAAGUUAGACGAGAGGGCGUCCAGUAGGCUGAAGCCAAUAUGGUUGGAAAUCAUUACAGGCAUAGGGAAUCAUAGCCGUGGGGGAGCAGCACUUCCAACCGCGGUGAGGUCUUUCCUUGCUGACAACGGGUAUCGAUUUGAUGAAACAAGACCAGGCGCAAUUAUUGUUCGACCUAAGUUCCGUCUCGGUUGAAGGAUCUUCUAUCUAAUUAACAGCCUGCUGGAUUUUUUCACACUGUUCCCAGAUGACCAGGAGGCAGGAGCACCUACAUUCAUGUCAGCUGCUUGGAUUCAGUGACAUUUGUGUGUACUAAUGUACUUGUAUUUUAAAACAUGUUAUGCCUGAAAGUUUCAUUUUAGUUGGUAGAUAGGCUUAUUUGUUUGUAUUUCCUUGUGUGCUGUGAGAACAGUAAAUAAUGUUGAUGAUUUGAGAUUCCAUUUCAUUCUUCCUAUUUCAGUUAAACUUCUCUCUAUUUGUGUCA